AUGAAUUACAAGUACAUGCUGGUUGCAUCAUACACGAUGCCUGUGUUAAAGGGCCGCAAAUGCCACCCGGACGAUAAGAUCAUGAUUGCUGAUGAUGGUGGAGUUGGCAUGGUACAGGUGAUCCAAGUGGAUUAUCAGACAAUGCUCCAGAACCCACAGGCGAUCCAGGUGUGUUACCAGACAGUGCUCCAGAACCCACAGGCGAUCCAGGUGUGUUACCAGACAGUGCUCCAGAACCCGCAGGCGAUCCAAGCGUCUCACCAGAUAGUGCUCCAGAACCCGCAGGCGAUCCAAGCGUAUGGUGAUCCUCCUGAUUUGGACUUGGAUGAGUUGUUCGUUGAGGAGGAGGAUGUGCCGAUUGGAGUCAUCAACAGAUUCCCAGAUGGCUCGUUCGUCAUCAGCUUGCAUUUGAAGGACCAGCUCGUUGAUACGGAUGGAUUGAUGGAUUUGGUUCCUAGGGAGGUGGAGUUGCCCGUUCCGGAAAGGAAAGCGAAACGCAUGCUUAAGAACGGCGAUAUGGACGUUGCCGCGAUCCUGAACCUCUUUGAGCUCUUGAAGAUCAUCAAGGUGAAGCAAGCAAGUGGACGAGCAGCCAAGAAAGGAAUUUCGUGGACUACGGGAAUGUUCGUGCAUGGCGGUGUUGCUGGCCUUCGGGGAAACACAAAGAGAAUGAGGUGGACUACAAGGUGCUUGGUGGAGUCUGCGAAGAAAAUGGCUGGAGACCAUGCGUUUACGGCGGUUGGCAUUCUGGAAAACAAGGAUAUGGAUUGCCAUAAAGAUAGGCACAACGAGGUCGACUCUAUGAACACCGUGAUCAUGUUGAAAAGACCUUUGAAGGGCGGCGAGUUGUGGUUAGAAAAUGAUGAUCUAAGUCCUGAAGAAGCUGAUUGGAAGCAAGUAUCAAAAAAGCUGUGGAAGAAGGGUGAAAUUCAUGAUCUACCAAUUGGCCAACCGUAUGUUUUCAGUCCUCGUAAAUGGUAUGAAGUUCAGCCGUGGGAUGGGGAUCGAGUGGUUAUGGUGCUGUACAAUCCGAGAGCUAGUCACCUACAUUUCCAAGACAAGGAUGACUUAGACUUUGUCGGGUUCCCAACCGUGCAGAAUGACCUCGAGAUCCCUAGUUCAGGUCCCACCGUGCAGAAUGACAUCGAGAUCCCUGGUUCAGGUCUUGUUGAGGGUGGUGAUGUACUUUCACAGCUUAGUGCGCCAGCCCAGGCGAGUGAGUUCCCACUGGUUGAGGGUGUCCCAGAGCUUGACUUGAUUAGACCGUUGGAGCUAGAAGAUCCGGAAGAGCUAGAUGAUUACCUGAUCUCCUUGACAGAAGAGCAAGACCAUUUGCUACAAGACCUGCAGGAUCGUUCGAGUCGCUUGCGUUUACUUCUUGAGGAGGAGCAGGCUUUGCUUGAGGAGUGCAAAAGGGCAGGCCAAGAUGUCACAGAUGAGGUUGAGCACGUCACAGUAUCCAUCGAGGACAUGAUUCAGGAGGUUGUAGAGAAACAAGGCGCGAGAGAAAAUGAGGCACACGACCGUCUCCUAAAGGCAACCGAGAUCUCGGAAGAGGACCUAGAGGGUGAUUUGGAGGUGGCCCGUGGUCGCCUGGACAUUGCUUUCGUUCAAAUAGCAGGCUUGCGCUCCUUGCUUCUCAGUUUCGGCAACAGGCUUGUGCGUGCUGAAGGAAACAUUGAGGAAGCUCGAGGUGAAGUGGCCCGCACAAUCCUCAACUUCAACGGCAGACUUGAGUCUGUCGAGGACAGUCUGGAGGAGGGUCUUGAGAACCAGGCUGGCCUCCUGAGAGUCUUCUCUCAGAUUUUUGAUGACGCGACGACUCGGCUGGUCCCGCUUGUUGCCAGGCCGUCAGAUGUCAGGCUCACUAUGGAAGAGGCAUCUGUGCUUCCUUCCAGCGAAGAAGCCUCCAGAUCCAGUGUUGCAAGGUUUCGCAGUUCUUCUUCAGAAGUGGUUUUCUUGAAGCAUGCCGUCACAGUGAUGGCCAGGAAAGUCAGACUUUGUGAUGAAGACAUUUUCGAGCUUCAUGUUCAAAGGUUCGAGCUAAUCCUUGCACACUCUUAUGAAGCCUCGAUUUUGGGGCGCAGCUUUCGAGGAGCAACCCUGGAAGAACGGCACACCAAGGUUAGGCUGGCACUCGGAGGCAAGGCGCCUCGCACACUGCAGAAGAGGUAUGGCCAGUCUGCCAAGCUAGUCUCCUGGGCUGAGUUGGAGUCGGUGAAGGCCUUCCCCAUUGAUGGGCAGAUUGCUGAGGAGUUUCUCCGACAUCUUGUUAGCUCGAGCGGCAGGCAUUCGGUGCUUACUGGUGCAGUUGAGUGUUUUGCUUUCCUGCAUCACGUGCUUGGAGUUGACAUGGAGCUGAACGCUUGUAGCAAUCCAAUCGUGCAGGGGAUCCUUAGGAAGGCUCGCUUGGAACGACCUGCAAAGAAGCAGGCGAGAGCCUUGCUUGCCAGUGAAGUUCUUGCCUUGGAAGCUCUACUUGCGGAUGAGUGCCGGCCACUCAUCGAUCGGUUUUGCGCUGGAGCCUUCCUCUUUGCAUUGUAUGGCCGGGCCAGGCUUGGUGAUCUUAGGGUUCUUGACUGCUUCAUAACCGACCUUCUUGAGGACAGUGCUAGCGGUUGUGGCUACCUUGAGGUUUUGUCUCUUUCGCACAAGUGCCGCAGUACCAGCAACAGCCAGGGUAUGCGCAUGCACAUUUUGGUGCCUGCCAAAGGCAUCGGCCCGAGGUGUUGGGGCAAAGACUUCAUCUCGGUUGCGAGGGAGCUGGGUCGUGACCUCACCAGCAUUGCUUCGGGAGAGCCUUUACUGUAUAUGCCAGAUGCUCAUGGGAACUUCUCCAAUGUACCUGCUGACACUGAUCGCUUUGCCGCUUGGGUGCAGGAUCUUCUGUCAACGGUGCCGGCAUACAGCGGGGAUAAGAUUUCAGGGCAUUCAGCAAAGGCCACGCCGUUGUCGUGGAUGGGCAAAGCCGGAACAGAUUUUGAUACGCAAACCCUCCUUGGACACCACGUGCUGGUUGGACGCAGCAGUGCCCUGACCUAUGCACGGGACACGCAGGCGGCUCCGGUCCGAAAGUUUGAGGCUCUCAUAGGCGAUGUGCGCCGAGGGGUUUUCCUUCCUGACUCCACGAGGUCCGGACACAUGUCUAGUGCAUUUCCCACUUCUGAUGAAGGUGGUCCUGAGCCUGUGUUUGCUUUCCCGCCGUCACCGCCUCCUCAGCUUGAUGACUCCUUGACUCCUUUUCCGAUGCCUGGUUUCUUGGAUCAGGCUGGUCAGGAUCCAGAAGGCGAGGCUGAUGCUGACUGGCUGGGAGAGCGGGAUUGGUAUCUCAAUGAGUGCCUCAUGUACAGGCAUAAAACUACCAGGACUGUGCAUCUGCUUCCCGCCGGAGCCUCAUCGGGUCGCUUUGUGUGUGGCCGCGAGUGGAAUCAGGCAAUUUUUAAACCGGUUUGUGGAAGUGUGAGCAUUGCCUCCCUUGAGUGCAAGCAGUGCUACAGAGGCAGGUCACUGCGGGAUCUGGGGGCCCUUAACCACGCCCUUGAAGUGGCCACUAAAAAGGCCCGGGUGGAGGGAUCUUCUUAA